CAUCGACUUCCCAUCGACUUCCCGCAUCCGUCUGUGCUUCUUUUCCAUCAUAAUGCCAAACAAAAAUCGUAUGAACAACCGACUUACGUCGUUGGAUGUUUGUGAUGUGCUCGGUCGACAGCGAACUAGUUUUGGAGAAGACCUUCCGCUAGGACUUGAACAUGACCCUUUUAUUCGGCAAACUUAUUACUUUACGUACAAUAAGUCUGGAAAGACAGAGGGAAUUCGGGUCAACCGUCGUCUCCAGCAGUUUCGGCAAAUAAGUUCUUAUAUCUGGAUCCUGGUCGCUACCAGCCUGACAUUCACCCACCUUGCACAUCUUCAGGAAUUCGAUGAAUGCAUUAAAAUAAUAGAGGCUUGGGUGGAUAAGUAUCCUAUCCCUGAGCACCUGGGAAUAGGAGCUUGUAUGUUGCUACAAGUUCUAGACGCGCAAGGGGAUAGCAUUCUCACAGAUGGGCGGAAAAUUGGAAAAAAGAUUAGUCAAAGGAAGAUACCGCUGAGGAAUCGAUUUCCUUUCCACAGAAAAUGCAAUAAUAUUCUGAGCCGUACCACAAUUCCGAUCAACACCAGUCGAAAUAGACAUAUAGAAGCGAGAUGGAAAUUCCUCCAUUCUAUUGAUUCCAUGUGCAAAUACGAUCAGACCAGCAUCACGCAAGUGACUUCCGAUGGGCAAUUAGACGACCUUCUCAAACGACCCUUCGAGAAACCGAUAUUCUGGCAGAACUAUACCCAGCAUUAUCCUCUUCAUGGCGUACCUAAUUCAAUACCAGACUUACUUGCGGAGCUUCGUCAGCUGGAUAUCAAAUCCUUAGAAGCUCAUGACUAUGCAAAGGACAAAAAUCACGCAGUAUAUCUAGAUGAUAUUGCAGAGCAUUUCCGAAAACCGCCCAUGUUCAGUUCGCCAUUGAACUUCCUGGAUAUUCGAAACCAGAUAUUUUCCCGUGUUCCGGUACAUGUGAACAAAGUCGAUCUUCUUCGCUUGGCACUGCGACGACAGGCAGGGUCUGCUGGCAAGAGUGAGUCUUUAAGGGUUCUGCUGGACUAUGCAGACCAUGAGUUCUUCCUUCUGUCCAGCGGAAAUUCAGUAUCAACUCUACAUGUAGAUACUGCAGGACAGCUUACAUAUAUUAUCGGUAUUUCGGGUCGCAAGACCUGGUAUCUCCCUCGCGAGUUCACUCCUAAGACUUAUGAGAUCCUUGCAACUUUUGGCAGCUCUACUCCAGAGACAUACUCUGACGGCUGGGUGAAAAUUGAUAUUAUGCCCGGAGAUCUGCUAAUCAUGCCACCGGGAUGUCCUCACGCGGUCUUCACAGCGGAGCACUCACUUACCUUUGGAGGCAACUUCUACACCCUACCUCAUCUUGGAUCAAGUCUCCGUGUACUGGCUUUACAGGCCAAGUUCAACUAUGUCUUCAGUAAUGAAUCAAUCACUGAACAGCACUACUUGAACUUCUUGGUCAUGCUAGAGACAUGCAAGGAGACAAUGGACUCUCGCCAAAUGGCAAGCGUUGCUUCGAGCGGCAUAGGAUGGGGGAUCACAGAUCAGCGUAAACGCCAGGAGGAUGUGUCCAAGAUUAGUUGUGAUGGACAGAAUCUUCCGGAGCUCCAACAGACGUUACGAUUAUUGAUUUGGGACAUACAGACCAAGGGAUUCGAAAGGCUUGACUAGACACACAAGAAAUCUUGAUCAAGCUGAGAAGUGACCGUUCAAGACCGUACCAUCACGAUCCUGGCCCCCGUCAAAGGCUCAUUGAAUCCAACUGUCAUUAUAAACAAGCCGCUAGUCCCACCUAUGCGCCAUUGGUUUGAAGAGCAAGUCUACCAUUUCCAUGGCUCCUCCUUUGACUGCAUACAUUAGCGGUUAUAAGAUUUCUUUCUAUGUUCAAUGGCUAUUUCUUUGAACAUGCCUAGUCCAUAAGCAAUUAGUCAACUAACUUUAAUGCGGUCGUCCGCGAGUAAGCGCUCCAUUAUCUUGCCGUGUCCUUCUGUCUCUGCCCACCCAAGUGCGGUUUCGGCCACCAUCAUCUGCAAUGUUAGGAUCAACCCGAGCGUGCCGAAGGAUCAGUUCGACGAUUGAAUCAUCUCCCUUGCGUACAGCCAGUAAUAGUGCGGUCGCUGUACCAUUGUGCUUCUUGUUGAUAUGCAGGCGCUUUCCUUGAGCAAGAAGCAGCUUUAUAAUAUCUCUAUGGCCCUUCUUGAUUGCGUGUGGGAGAGGCGCCUCAUAUAUACCACUUCCAUGGUUAAGGUUGACCUUUGGG